AAAAAUAUUGCUAUUGCUAUUGCUGGAGUAGUUACAAAUACUCAUCAUUAAUAAUGAACGUGUAAUGCUAAAAAGUAAUGAUGUACAGUAAUGCAGCCAUGACGAGCGUUUGAGCAGAAGUGUCAUUACUUAGUAAUGACACUUUUAAUGAUCGUGUAAGGGCCGCUAACUUGACGUUGUUCAUUGGCGGAAUGAUAUAGUGUUUGUUCGUUUAAAAAUUUUUGAAAUAAAACGUAAAUUGUAUUGUCAAUUUCUGAAAAUAGAAAAUGAGUUCUUCGUUUGCCAAGCAACAGUUUGUGUAUGUACACUUUAUACUGAAAGAUGAAAAAGAAAUUAAGGAUGCUAACGAGGAUAUGCAAAUGGCGUACGCAACUAUCCGUGAUCAUAUCAGAGAGACGCUCAUUGAUUGGAUGAUCGAAUCCGAAUGUCUCCGUCUCCAGUCGGAUCUACUGACAAAAGAUCACGUUUUCGUUUUCGAACAAUUUUCCGGAGAAGCAUUCGAGUACAUCAGUGCGACAAAUGCGGUUUUGGUAGGACCACGUUGUCUGAUCAGCUGUUUUCAAGAUAAUGAAGCAAUUCCGAAAGGAAAGCAGCCAAUAUUUACGACGGCUAUGCGUAAUCUAGUCGUUUGCAUGUCCGGGCUGAAGCCGGAAGAAAAAAACCGACUGAGUCAGAUGGUGUUCCGAAUGGGCGGAUACUAUUGGGAUGUUUUGAACAGUAGUUGCACUCACCUAGUAUCCUCUACGGUGAAAUCGAUCAAAUAUGAAAAAGCUGCAGAAAUUAAGAUGAAAAUUAUGCACCCUGAAUGGAUAGCGGAUGUUUGGGAAAAGAGCCAACGAGACAUGGUUAAAGCGACCGAUUCAAUUUUCGACAAACAUGCACUUCCGGUGUUCUACGCAUUGACCAUCACAUCGACCGGUUUGAACACACAAAAGCGCAAUCAAAUUAAGCAGCUGAUUGAAAAAAACGGUGGGAAAUAUAUUGGUGCGUUCAAAUCGGAGCUAACGGACAUUUUGAUUCUCGAGAAGGACAGCGUAGGAUCGGCCAAAUUUCAGGGCGCCGUACGCUGUAAGAAAGAAUGUCUAACGCCAGCCUGGAUUGUGGACAGCGUAGAGAAGGGAUAUGCUUUGCCCGUUUCGAAGUACGAAGUUCGAAGCCUCAAGUCAUCGACACCGACCAAAGAUGAUGCGGGAUUACUAUCGAGUAGAGAUUUCAAUCCCGACUGUUCGCAGUUGUCGAUGAUCAGUCACCAAAACAGUAGAAAUUUGACCAUCAACGAAAGCGUAAUGAGUAUGGCUUCGAUGGCACAGGCUACUUCGAAGCUGUCCAGACCGUCGUUGGCUGGAUCGACGAAUGCGGGACUAAUAACGGGACAGAAGCAAAAGUAUCGCGAAUUGUUGGAGAAAAUAAAUUUGCAACAGGUCAAGAAAGCCGGUCCGUUUUUGGAUGGAUGUACGAUUUAUUUGAGUGGUUUCACUGGAGACGAGAAAGAAAAACUCAACCGGGUUCUCAACAGUGGCGGUGCUACGCGUUAUGACGAGAUAAGCGAACACAUAACUCAUGUCAUCGUAGGUGAACAGGUGUCGGCAGAUUUUAGGGAAAUGCACGAACGGCAGAUCAACCCACAUAUUUUAACGCUGGAUUGGUUGAUUCGUUCUCUUGACUUAAGGGCACCCGCCCAGGAAGAGGACAAGUAUAUUUUUCAUCCGAAUUUGAAAGACGUUGUUGUAGGACAGACGCCAGAGUUGCCUUCUCCAGCCAGCAAGAAAAACUUGGAAAAGAUGAGCGGUACUUUCAAAAGGCCAUUAGCUCCUCCUAAGUUUCGAUUGGAUGAACCACCAGCAGCAGAACCAAAUAAGCCCAGUCGGGUUGAAGACGAUGUUCUUCAGCAAUAUAUGCAAAAGAAUACUUCCAUUCAAUUGCCACAUACGGAGCGCAAGCAACAAACCUCGGCUGUAUCAGUUGCACCACAGGCAAGCGUUUCAGAAAGUCAAAACUCAGAACUCGAUUCACAAUACUCAGAGUUCAUGAGCGGCAAAACUUUCUUUGUGUACGGGUUCUCUGAGGAGGACGCUACACAAAUAGUGACAGACUGUGAAAAUUGUGGUGGAACUAUCGUGGACGAAAGUUACACUGAUGUGGUGGACUACAUUGUGCUGCCGACGAACAGCAUUGGCGAGAUUGAUUUUGCGAUCAAGGGAAAGGAAACGGUCAACUGUAUCUGGCUUGAGACGUCCUUAGACGACGGAAUCUGUCAUCCACUACAGUACUAUUUUGAACCAAUCUUCUAUGGUGAACAUGAUCCCAAACCGUUGCAGGGUGAACUACUUGUUAUAAGUUCGUAUUCUGGUGCGGAGCGGAAUUUUCUGAUUGCACUAGGAGGGAUUCUUGGUGCAGAGGUAGAAGAUCGACUCGUGAGGAAAGCUUCUCCACUUGUAAUUUGCAAAGAACCAACAGGAGCCAAAUAUGAGGCUGCCUUGAAAUGGGAUCUUACUGUGCUGACUGGCGAAUGGUUACGCGAGUGUCUCAAAUACAAACGGCGCGUGAACGAGGAAUCUUAUCUUGUGGGAAGCUCUAUUUGCUCUUCCAAGAAUAUCACCGUGGUUCCCGAAACUAGUGGUCGUCUUUCUGACUUACCGGAGCUUCCGAAAAAUGCUUGCCUGCCAACCACAUCCACCGACGAUGUAGACAUCGAUUCCGUCUUUAUAUCACCGGCACCAGCGGUAACAAGAACUGAAUCCAUAUCAUCUGCUCAGCAGCCUAAAUCAACUGAACUACCCAAUCAGAACAUUCCGGACAGCUAUAAACAUAUUACGGUGCAGAAAUCAAAAAACACUAACGAAGUGGAGUACGGAUUUAAAAGAUUGUCUACGUCCGAGUUGUGGAAAAUCACAAACGAAGAACGCCAGGUAUACUCGCAAGAACUGGAUCUCUACGAUGAUCUACUCCAGUCACAGCGUGACCAGAGAAAACCUUUCGAUCCGGGCCAUCCAGUAGAAUCACCACUGGUGCUGAAGCAUCGUCGUCUUUCUACUCUGGCUAGCACGAACUCUCCGGCUACGCCGAUCGCAACCGCUAGCCCAUCGGAAUAUGAACAACUCAGCGUAACGCAGCGGGUGAUGGAAUUUGAUACACCUAUUCGUGAUACGUUGUAUAAGGUGCUGAAGGAGGCCGAGGAAAAAGAGAAAAACAUUACGCCCCGUACGCGACGAAAGAAUGAACUGCUGGCAACUCCUAGCACGGGUCAGGAUGGUCACUUGAAAACGCCAACCCUGCCUGAGUGUAUGACGAAACCCGUAACCCCUUACGGGUUUCGGCCCGAUGCUAGUCCGGAAAAUCAUCUCUACCACAAGCGCAAACUGCAGUACUGGGAUCAGUUCUAUCGGCCACGUGAGCAGAAAGAACGUCGCAAGAGCACUCCGUUGAGCGAAAUCAAACGGCGCUUCUGGCGGGAAAAUUUGGGCGACGAGUACGUUAACUAUAUAGAGUCCAAAUUCGCAGAAACACAGUUUCAACCGUUUCAACAGCAGAACGACGAUGAACGGAAUAAGGAUUCUGAACCAUCGAACGAUUGUCAGCCUAGUACCUCCAAGUCGACUGCUUGGCGAGGCAAGCAAGUGUUGAAGGACAUCGUGGGAGACGAUGAGAACGAAAACAAUCGGUCACACGGGAGUAAUGUAAGUGAGAAGAGAUCACGCGAGGAAGACGAUGACGACGAUGACGAUGGCGGUGAAACAGGAAACCCUGAACCGGCGGCAAAACUGAUGAAAAUCGCCGAAUCGGACAAUCUUAAACGUUUGAGUGACCUGAUAAGUACGAACAGAAAUGCGGCUAAAAAAACCAAGAAACUACACGAAGAACUCAAGGAGCCUCAAUAUUCGGAAAUCCCGCGGUUUGAUUCUGAGAUGGUAUCCGAAGAUGCGGUCGGUGUUGGUUGGCGUGAGCCAAAAGACUUCGGUGAUCGUUUCAACAACGACGAUUGCAAGGAUCGUAUGACCUAUGCGGGCACACCCGUGGUCCUUAUAUCUGGUGUGAAUGACCAGCAGCGACCGGAUUUGAUGGAAAAAGUCCAACAGUUGGGUGGCGAAUUAUCGACCAGGCCAACCGAAUACGAUCCUUCCUGUACACACAUCGUCUGUGGGAAACCAAAUCGAGGAGAAAAGAUUUUGUCCGGAAUCGCUGCUGGCAAGUGGUUGCUGUGUACAAAAUAUCUGCACGAUAGCUGCAAGGCCGGCUAUUUUCUCAAUGAAGAACCGUACGAAUGGGGAAAUCCACAGGCAAUCGAUUUGCCUCCAUUGGAGCCACAAGAGAAGCUGGUUGCCAAAGCGGCAUAUAACUGGCGACUGAAGAUUUCACGCGAAGCAGGUAAACACGACGGUGUGUUCACCGGAUUUCGUGUGCUACUGCUUGCUCCGAAAAAGGAACAGUUUAUUCGACUGCUGCAGUCGGGGGGCGGUUUUGUGAUUAACGUUGAUCCACCGUUCGUCAACUCGGAGGAAGCGAUGUCCGCCACCCAUUGCUUCGUGGACAAGAAAGUUAAAAUCAACCCACGCGAUCACAAGGCCUUGGCUGAAGCUGGUAUCAUUGUCAUGUCUAUUAUGUAUCUCAAUGCAUAUCUAACCUCGGAAACGCUUCCCGAUCCGGCUAAGUAUCGGAUGGAAAUUUGAAUUGUUGCGAUUGUCUGUAUUUACUUUUUUUGUUAAUUAUAAUUAUAAAUUAAAUUUUUGUUAAUUAUAAAUACUAUAUUAAAUGCCUUACUGUUAAAUUUCGUCGUACCAAUUGUAAAUUUUUUUCUUAAAAAUAAACGAUCACAAGAAUA